GUUGCCACACAUCAAGAAGAUCCGCUAGCGGGACUGGAAUGCACUGCUUACAUUGCGGGCAUUGCUGGCAAUGAUGGUUUUGCCAUGAGGCGACCCUGCUCAAAGUCAAAUGUGUCUUUUCAAACUCGCCUAUUGGCAAAGUGCAAGGAACAGAUAAUCAGAAGGGCUUAUCCUGUUAUGACUUUGGUUUUCUCGGCCACUCUAAUUCUGUGUGAUUGUGACUCACGGACCGGAAGGGAAGGAACUUGGAAAGCAUGCUCACGCCCUUUUGUCUAGAAGCGAGUUCAGGGCGCGUCAGCUUAUUGUCUUUUGUGCACUCAUCAACCCCGGCUCUUUCACUUCCCACUCAUUUUUUGCACAAUAACGGAAUGCUGGGCCUCCAAUACAUACAAAAGGGACUGCUUAAAGGCUCGCGUCUGUGUACGAGCCGAUACCUCCCUUCCUCUCCUCAGGUCUUUGAGUCUCAACCAUGGACCAAAAGAGUGCACCUGCUUACGUUCCAACGCUCACCUUUACUCGUCGUCGUACUGCUCCAGAUGUGCCCUCUGAUGUCGAUGAUGAGGAAGUCAAGGAGCAUCUCCUCCAUCUCAAUGACCCCAAUUGGGACUUUAGUGGAGCCUCCGACGUGACCUCGCUCAGUGGAGAAUCGUUUGAGCUUGAUCAUAAACACAAGUUUGCAAGCGAUGUGCACAUCGGCCCGUCCAUCGGUACCGAACCGUCCGAUUUCGACACCGAGUCGCGGGCCGACUCGAUGUAUAGGAGCAGCGAGAGUCGCUUGCAUAUGCGCUCUUCUGACGCCUUUGACGAUUACGAAGAUGAAUCUCCUUACGCGGAAGUACGAGCGGCUGUAUCUAAUACUGAUGACCCGACCAUGCCUGUUAACACGUUCAGGAUGUGGUUCAUUGGCAUUAUCUUCACAAUUGUGAUCGCUGCCCUUAACCAGUUUUUCACCAUGCGAUAUCCCUCCGUAUUUGUUUCUGGCCUCGUUGCCCAGCUUCUCGCCUUACCAAUCGGGAAAGCUUUCGAAAGAUUCCUACCCAGAACUCGUUUCAACACAUUCGGCUACGUCUGGUCUCUCAACCCUGGACCAUUCAACAUCAAGGAGCACACCGUAAUCACUGUCAUGGCCAGUGUUGUUGCCGGCCGCGUGUAUGCAACAGACAUCAUCGCAACGCAAAAAGUUUUCUUCAACCAGGACUGGGGCUCUGGCUACCAGAUUCUGUUGUGCUUGUCCUCGCAGCUCAUCGGCUACUCCUUCGCAGGGCUUGCCCGUCAGUUCCUUGUCUGGCCAAGUGCAAUGUUGUGGCCUGGUGCGCUCGUAAAUUGUGCCCUCUUCAAUACUCUGCACAGAAACUAUGGUAAAGUUGAAACGAAACACAUGAGCCGCGAGCGCUUCUUCCUCUUUGCAAUGAUGGGCAGCUUCGUGUGGUACUGGUUUCCGGGAUAUAUCUUCACCGCACUCAGCAUGUUCAACUGGGUCUGUUGGAUUGCGCCGAACAACAUUGUGAUCAACCAGCUGUUUGGUUACUCAACCGGUCUUGGCAUGGGUUUCCUCACUUUCGACUGGAGUAUGAUUUCGUAUAUUGCUAGCCCUCUGGUCGUCCCGUGGUGGGCACAGGUCAACACGAUUGUUGCCUUUGUUAUUGUUUUCUGGAUUCUUACUCCCAUUCUUUACUAUAAGAAUGUUUUCUUCGCCAAGUUCCUUCCGAUGUCCUCCACGCUUGCAUUUGAUAACACAGGUCUUCCAUACGAUCCGACUGUUGUCAUCCAGAAUGGCGAGUUCAAUGUCGAUGCAUACAAGUCAUAUUCGCCGGUUUUCAUUCCCGUGACACUCGCGAUGGCUUAUGCUAUCUCUUUCGCGUCGAUGACUGGUGUCUUCGUGCACACCUUCUUGUGGUAUCGUCACGAUAUUAUCCGCCAGUUCCGCCGUUCGCUGAGGGAUCAACGUGAUGUACAUUCCCGUCUCAUGUCGGUUUAUCCGGAGGUGCCUAUGCUGUGGUAUCUCGGCGUUCUCGUGAUUGCUUUCGUCAUGGGCGUUAUCACCAUUGAGGUGUUCGACACAAAGAUGCCUGUUUGGGCCCUCGUAUUCGCACUAGGCAUUGCUCUUAUUUUCCUCUUGCCCGUCGGAAUGAUCCAAGCCAUCACAAACCAGACUGUCGCAAUGCAGGUAUUUGCGGAGCUCAUUGCCGGCUAUGUGAUCCCUGGUCGUCCUGUUGCAUUGAUGAUCUUCAAGACGUUCUGCUUCAUCUCACUCUCGCAGGCCGUUGCUUUCCUCGGUGACCUCAAGCUUGGUCACUACAUGAAGGUACCCCCACGCACGAUGUUCACUGCACAGAUCGUUGCGACAAUCCUCGCGGUGUUUGUGAGCCUUGGCGUUCAGGAUUGGAUGUUUGGGAACAUUCCGGACUUGUGCUCUCCUGAUCAGAAAGCAAGGUUUAUUUGCCCGAGUACAAGCACGUUUGCUACUGCCGCGCUUAUCUGGGGUGGUAUCGGUCCGGCACGCAUGUUCUCCUCAGAUUCACUGUAUCAACCAAUUUUGUACUUCUUCCUCAUCGGUGCAAUCCUCCCGAUUCCGUUCUACUUCCUCGCGCGCCGCUACCCAUUAUCGCCUUGGCGUUUCGUAAACGUGCCAGUUCUCUUCUCGGGUAUUAACAUGCUUCCGCCUGCGACGGGUAUCAACUAUUCCGCAUGGUUUGCAAUGGGUGCUGUCUUCCAGUACUUUAUGCGCCGCUUCCACUUCCGCUGGUGGAUGCGUUAUAACUAUAUUCUCAGCGCAGCACUAGAUUCUGGCGUCGCAAUUUCUUUGAUUGUCAUUUUCUUCUCGUUACAACUCCCGAAGGGUGGCAUUACGCUUGACUGGUGGGGCAACACCGUAUGGAUGAAGACGCUAGAUGCAAUGGGCGCACCCUUCUUUACGCUUGCGCCUGGAGAAAUCUUCGGGCCAUCCACAUGGUCUUAGAAUUCUCGCUGUCCCUUCUGCGCAGGCACGAGGGAGUCGGGAUCAUCGGACUAUGUUAGACGUUUAUCCUCAAUCACUUCCACUACAGCAUCGUUACUUAUUGUUCUCGGUUUAUUGGGGUUUGUGGCGAUUGAAUUCGCGCGAACUAUCUGCUUCUUUUACCCUGCUGUUUCCCAGUGGAUAUGCGAUGCAUGGCCAUCGCCCUGAGCGUCUUCCCAACCAAAUGUAUUAUUGUUAUUAUUUCGAGACGCUCGACUUCCUUUCCUUUUUUUCUUAGCUCCGUACGGAAAUUUUUCGUUCUUCCACCUUCCCUUCGCUCUCAUCUAACAUCAUUUCCCUCCGCCAAUUGUUAUACACCCAACAUGGAAACCCUGACUCUCACGACACAUCUUUUUAUAAAUAUCUUUUUUUGUCUCGUAAGCAUUUAUCAUUGCUUCUUUUCAUCAUUUUCUCACACAAUCUUGAACUCGUGAUCAUGUCUCUCUAUUUUCGAACUCUUUUAGUUUUUCAUUUUUUGUUUCAUUUCCUACUUAUUGACC